UAGAGCUUUUAUGUUUGGAGGGAGGAUGAAAUGUCUGCUUGUUUCUAGAGAAACUGAACGGGAGCAAGGCCAACCAUGUUGUGUUCUUUUGUGGAUUCUCCAUCUUGUUUAGAUUUUUUCUGGAAGGAGGAUAGAAGUGGACCACUAAAAGUUUUAGGUGAAGUGGAUGGCUGAGAUUUGAAACUCUGUGAUUUGUGUUCUUUCUUGUAGUCGAAGAUAAGCCCAUUCUCAAGCACUGUGGUAAUGAAAAAUCUCAUGGGCAAGCAGAAAAAGUUGUGAAUGGGUUCAUGUGAUUAGAGUUAUGAGUUAGUUGGCAUUCCAUUAAAGUUUAGAGGAAGGGCUCCAAAAGAAAUUUUCACCCCGGAACAAAGAAAUGGAGCCACUAUCUCAAAAGUCUCUUGAGAGAAUAGUCUCACAGAAGGCUUUGAAAUUGGGCAACUCAUUUUCUUGCCAAAUUUGUGUGGUGGGUUUUCUCUGUGGAGUCUGUCUCACCUCUCUGUUUCUGGCUGCUCUCACUUCAAUUGGUUCCUUCGAGUUUGGUGGGAUUUCAUUUUCAGCCAUUUCAAUGGGUGCUUCACCACAGAAUUCAAGUUCAGAAAUCAUCAAUAAUGUUUCCGGUACGAACUGCAAUUUUAAACCAAAGGAAACAGAGAGAUUAGUUGGUUUGCAAAGUAGUAAAGAAAGGACCGAUGAUGAGAGUAUCUCCUUGCUAUAUUCAGCAUGGAGUGCCACUUUAAACGAAGCAAGUGACUACUUAAAGGAUUUGAGACUAAGGAAAGACAGUGUGCCAAAAGCCCCUCAUUUGGAAAACUGCCAAUUGAGAGCACAACUAAAUCAGCGUCUUGAUAAGCGGUUUGAGAAUGAGAACUUCCCUCCUUGGGCAGGUUGGAAGGGACUGUUAGCCACGCACCCAGCAGCCCCAACAUAUGAGCAGCUGAGACACUUUAGGCAUCAGGCUAUAUCUGAAGGUGCUUAUCCUCCCUGGAUAUUGGGAUCAGAUGAAGAAAACUACCCCUUGACGAGGAUAGUGCAACGUGACAUAUGGAUCCAUCAGCAUCCAAUGAACUGCAAGGAUCCAAAUAUAAGAUUUCUUGUUGCCGACUGGGAGAGAUUACCUGGAUUUGGUAUUGGAGCACAGAUUGCUGGAAUGUCUGGUCUUCUUUCUAUUGCAAUUAAUGAGAAAAGGGUCCUUGUUACUAACUACUAUAAUCGAGCUGACCAUGAUGGAUGCAAAGGUUUGUCCCGUUCCAGCUGGUCCUGCUAUUUCUUUCCAGAAACAUCUCAAGAAUGCCGAGACCGUGCAUCUGAGCUUUUGGACAGUGAAGAGGCAUGGAAAAGAGGAAUCAUAACUGCAAAAGAAAAUUAUAGUUCAAAGGAAAUAUGGACUGGACGUACUCCUAGGACAUGGGGUCAUCCUUGGAGUUAUUUGCAACCUACAACAGAAGUAAAUGGAAGUUUGAUUACUCAUCAUCGUAAGAUGGAUCAAAGGUGGUGGAAAGCACAGGCAGUGCGCUACUUAAUGAGAUUUCAAACAGAGUACUUGUGUGGAUUAUUAAAUGCGGCUCGCCAUGCAGUCUUUGGAAAGGAAGCCGCAAAAUUAGUUCUGAAAAGUCUUAACCAAGAAUGGCCAAAGGAAUUUCUGAAUGCGCCAAGUUCCGAUAUUGAACGUUAUGUGUGGUCUAGUCACAAACCAUGGGUACCUAGGCCACUGCUAAGCAUGCACGUAAGAAUGGGAGACAAAGCAUGUGAAAUGAAGGUAGUUGAAUUUGAAGAAUACAUGCAUCUUGCUCAACGCAUUAGGAAGCGCUUCCCACACCUCAACAGUGUUUGGCUUUCUACUGAAAUGCAGGAAGUUAUUGACAAGUCCAAAAACUAUACUGGCUGGAAGUUCUACUACACAAAUGUGACGCGCCAAAUGGGAAACACAACAAUGGCGAGUUAUGAAGCGAGUCUUGGUAGGGAAACCGGCACAAAUAAUCCCCUUGUUAAUUUCUUUAUGGCAGCCGAAGCCGACUUUUUCAUCGGAGCAUUGGGUUCCACAUGGUGCUUCCUUAUAGAUGGAAUGAGGAAUACUGGGGGCAAAUCAAUGGCUGGAUACUUAAGUGUGAACAAACAUAGAUUCUGGUAGAGAUUUAAGUAAAGCAGGUAGUUACAAUUGUCUGUAAAUUUGAACAAUGGUCCAACAAUUUUUGUUCUAUGUAUAUAUUAGGGAGUCAUUAUAUUUUUAUUUUUAUUUUUGCAUAAUGAUGUGUGUUCUGUAAAUGCACUUGAUGUACACAAGGACUCUGGUAAUAAAACGAUUAUAUAUGCAGAACUCCUGUCUUCUUAUUUC